AUGACGAGAAUACAAGAUCUAUGUUUAGAAUAUAAAAGAGCAUUUACAGGAGAAAGUUCAAGAAACUGGAAACAUAUUUUGGGUGAGAUUUCUGAAUUAUUAAAACAUGAACAACAUCCAGAUGCAGCCAAUUUUGAAACUGUCGUUGUAAGUUUAUGCUGUCAAGAUACACCUGGCUAUUGGCCAUGGUUAGACACAGCCUUGGAAAUACUUGGGGUUGAUUCAAAACUGAAACUCGAGCCAUUACCACAGUUACCGGAUUAUCAAGACUUAAUAACAGAAGAUUUAUUGAAUUUAUGGGAUGAUAAAACACAAGGGAAUUAUACACGACAUGGUCUCUUUAAUGAAUUACAAUCGAGAUAUCCUCAUGCAAUUGAACCAGAUUUGCUCUAUAAAAAUACAGAUGAAGAAAUAACAAAAGAAUAUCUUCAACAGAAAAUUAACUAUCAAAAAAUAGACGAUUGA